UACUUUAAAGUGCGUAGUUUAAAGAAACUGUAGUGCAGUCUCUGUAUACCUGGCUCUAUUCUGCUGUCGUUGAUUUAUUUGAAUAAUGAUUUAAUACGUAAAUAUAUCAUAGAUUGAAAUAUUCAUUAUACCACCUACACUAUUAACAUAAUUGGAGCCUAAAAGUUACACAGAUUUCAAGAUCAUCAAGACAAAAUAGUCGAUAAGAUGUUUAUAGGACUGCUUUAAAUCUUAUUUAAAUUAAAAAAUUAGAACAAUCUUGAGACUUCUAAAUGGUAGCACUGGCGAGAAAAUAAAUCAUAGCUAAAAUAUCCUCGUCCUUAAGUUAAAAGAAUAAAAUUCUGGGUAAAGCAUUUGUGAGGAGCUCAAUAAAAAGUUUGUUUAAAAGCAUUUGGAAAUUUCAGGGAAAAAUUAACUAUGUCAAAUUUUAAAUUAACGAAGAUAAUUGAAAAGAAAAGAAAAUGUGGAAUUCUGACUGGCGAAGAUAUAGAAUAUUUUGUAGAUGCAGUUGUAAAAUCUACAAGAGAAAAUAAAUGUCCCAGCCAAGCCGCUGAUCGUUGUCAAAUAGGUGCCUUGCUGAUGGCUAUGUAUUUGAACGGGCUAACUUCAAAAGAAACAGCUGACUUAACGGAGAAAAUGAUGAACUCCGGACAUGUGUUUCACUGGCCAGAAGACUGGAAGGAUACUGUUGUGGAUAAACACAGUACUGGAGGUGUUGGGGAUAAAGUGAGCUUAGUUUUAGCUCCUGUUUUAGCUGCACUUGGAUUAAAGGUUCCUAUGAUAUCCGGUCGAAGUCUGCUUCAUACUGGGGGAACUUUAGACAAGCUAGAGUCUAUUCCAGGAGUUCGCGUCUAUUUCAAAGCAAAUGAGAUUCAGAAAAUCGUUGAAACUGUUGGAUGCUGCAUAGUAGGACAAACAGAGGAUUGCAAUCCUGCUGAUAAAGUACUUUACCAAUGCAGGGAAAUAACAGCCACAGUUGACAGUGCGCCCCUCAUUGUUGCGUCCAUCGUGUCAAAGAAACUAAGUGAAGGCCUUAAUGCGAUAGUUUAUGAUGUGAAAUUUGGAAAGGGAGCAAUUUUUAAAACUAAGGAAGAAGCCCUUGAAAUCGCUAAACAACUUGUCUCAGCAUCGAAAACUGUCAAAUCAUCAGCUCUCCUGACAGCUAUGGAUGCUCCACUUGGAAGAACUAUCGGAAAUUCUUUAGAAGUAAUGGAAGCAGUGGAGUCUUUGAGAGGCAAUGGUCCUUCAGAUUUCCUUCGUGUCGUCAUUGCAUUAGGCAGUGAAGUCCUCCUUUUAGUAAAUGGAACGAAGAAAAAUGAAGCAGAAGAAUUAAUAUCCUCUGCACUGAACGACGGAAAGGCGCUUAGAAAAUUUCAUGACAUGAUAAUAGCCCAAGGUGCAUCAAGAGUCGAAGCAGAAGAAUUGUGCUAUGGUAACAUAAACGCAGCGCUCCCAAAAGCAUCAUAUGCAACAGAAAUCAGUUAUUCUGGAGAAGAAGGGUACAUCUGUGAAAUUGACCCAUUGAGUUUAGCCAAUGUAUGGAAAGAAGAAUACAGCAAUAGCCAAGGUAAUCCUGGAAUAGGCAUAAGAAUCGUCAAAGCGAUUGGUGAAAGGAUAAAAUCAGGAGAAGUAUGGCUGAAAAUGUUUCAUGAAACACAACAGCUGAACAAUGAUCACCUAAUGACAUUGUCAAAUGCAAUACUAGUCAAACCAGUGGCAAAAGAAAGGCAUCUAAUUGAUAAAAGAAUUUCUUUCAAAGGCAACACAGCACUAGCCAUAGAAAGCUACUAGUAAUUUUAAUAUUUUCCGGCAAAUUAUAUACUUUCUAAGCAUUAUUGAAAUACUUGGUAAUUUCUGUUUUUCUGCUUAUGUUUUUAAGAAAUUUAAUUUCUAAAAAAUUCAAAUGAUAAAAAUAAAUGUUUUCAGUGCUUUAUAGAUCUGGAUAUAACUCUGGUCUUGUGAACACAUUAUAUAAAAGCAAUGGACGGGGUUAACUAGUUUCUUACAUAUUUAUGGAAGGCACUUAUGGACAUCAUAAAAUUAAGCAGAACAAUAUAUUCUACAAAAAUGAUCAAAGAUGCUGAAUUAUCAAACAUUUCAAGUAUGUAGAAGUAUAAAUUGACAGAAAGGUAAAAAUAAAUAAAACUACAAAGUCUCAAAAAAAGAUGAAAGCACUGAUGCAAGCUGGUUUAAGGCAACUGCUUAAAUGAACAAAAUCACUUACUACAUAAACUCAUUUUCUCUCAUGGAAGUAUAUUAUCACAAUGAAGCUUAAUCACUUGCUAAAAUUAUUAGUAAAUAGCUGCUUACUUGAGUUCUUCAUGGUUUACACAUAUCUACCAUCAUGUUUAAUGCAUGUUGAAUUUAAAAUAACCUGUUUAGCACCAUUAUUCAUUCACUCCUUGAAUGGAUCACUAAUCCACCUCAGGGUGGAAAACAUGUUAUUAAUACAUUCAUGAAUGAAAAACUUGAAUCAGAAAAGUAGCCCGUGAGUUAUGAAUUCACAUUUUUGAAUCCAGUACUGUCUCCUACAGGAAGUCUAGUACAUUUGCAUUCUUAUUGCUUACAUUAGGAACAGGAGUGCUUUCUUUGGGAUCGUUUUGGGGGCAACUAAGCUGUAUUUACAUCAUAAAUAGUUAAAAAGAAUCACAUACAUCUCAUAUAACGGACUCAUUCAAUAACAAGUAACUGAGUCCAUGACAAACAACUAGCAACCAACACUCAAUAAUAAUUUUACUGCUUGUGAGCACGCUGAAAAUGGAAAUGAAUAAUAAGAUGAUGUAAAUAAAAGAUAUAAACACUGUACUUCAUUUAGAGCAAUUUAUUGACUCUUUUUUUGUCAAAACUUUGGUCUUUCAAAAUAUACAUGAACAUUCAUACAUAUAGAUAUAUAGAAAUAUAUAUAUAGAGAGAAAUAUAUAUAUAUUUCUUCACAAGGUUUAUUUUCUCACUGCUUUUCAGAUGUAAUAUAAAACUCAUAUUUAAUAAAUUAAAAACAAGCAUAUUUUUAACUGAUAUAUUACUUUCACUAUCAUUCCACAGGAAAGACACUACCGAGUUGACAUUUUUAUAAAAUAUUUCUCCAGAGGAAGUUCCAGUAAAUUUUACAAAAAAACACAUAGAAGAAAGAUUGCAAUUUUGAUCACAUACUCUAUUAAAAUUCAAUAAUUUGCCUAUAAAUAAAUAUCACAAGUCUACACAUAUAUAAUGCAAUCAAAUACAUGAAUUAAUGUUACAAAUCAAUUUUCCAUUAUUAAAGAACGUUAGAAUAGAAAAUACAUAACCAAGACAGAGCAACAAUUUGGUUAAGUCAAUCUGUCAGUCACAAUCAUGUAUCAUUCAGAAUGUGUUAUUUACUGAAAACAGAAUUAACCUGAGCAAUAGAAAAUAAUUAAGCUUAAUAAACUGCUCAUAAUAUAUUAUGAAUAUACACAGAAGUCCAAAUAUGCAUAAAAAGGUUAAAAUAAGCUCAAAUAGCUUAUGGUCACAAAAAUACAACAUGCAAGAAAAUGCAAAAUUAAGCAAAAGACUGCAAAAAUACAGUAAAUGUAUAUUGCAUCGAGCUAUGACCAGAAGGGAGAAAAAAGUCAAUGUCAAUAUUAGCAUUAUUCUAUGUAUCAUUUUUGUUUCAACACCACUCAACAUCAUUAUUAGCUGCCAUUAACAUUAAAUAGUUUGUUGAAAGAGAGGUAAAAGUUUAAAUAUUGUGAUCAACAACAGAGGCAAAAUGUGACCGCAUAAGAUCCCUUGUAAGCAAAAAUAGACACCACUGCAUUCUAGCUUUAAAAAAAAAAAAAAAAAAAAAAAAAAA